ACUGGCCCCGCCCCUGAGCGGGGAUUUGAAGCUCGGUUCCCGCCAUCUGCAGCUUCCACAGGCUGCGGCCUCCGGCUGAGGUGAAUUACUUACCUGAGGGAACAUGUCAUUUACUAAUGAGAUUAUGCCACUCCAAAGAUUUCUGCUAAAAUUGAAGACAAAGGCAUUGCCAUAGUAGUAAUUGAUAGAAAGGCUUCUGAGGUUGGAUAUAUUCUCUCUCUACUUCUGAACCAAUGAUGAGGAAAUGGGAAGCAACGCUGAAGCAAAUCGAAGAGCGAGCAUCUCACUAUGAGAGGAAGCCAUUGUCCUCCGUGUAUAGACCAAGAUUGUCCAAGCCGGAAGACCCACCCUCCAUUUGGAAGCUAUUUCAUCGUCAGAAUCAAGCUUUUAAUUUUGUUAAAAGCUGUAAAGAGAAUGUUCACGUAUUUGCUUUGGAGUGCAAAGCAGGAGAUGGACAGCGUAUUUACCUUGUAACAUCUUAUGCUCAGCUUUGGUUUUACUAUAAGUUCCGGAAAGCCCUCUUGCAUUGCUAUGAAGUUAUUCCUGAGAAUGCUGUGUGCAAGCUUUAUUUUGAUUUGGAGUUUAACAAAUUGGCCAAUCCAGGAGCUGAUGGGAAAAAGAUGGUUGCAUUACUCAUAGAGCAUGUUUGCAAAGCACUUGAGGAGUUAUACAAUGUUCACUGCUCAGCUGAGGAUGUUAUCAACUUGGAUUCUAGCACUGAAGAAAAAUUUAGCCGACAUCUAAUAUUUCAGCUCAAUGAUGUAGCAUUUAAAGAUAACAUUCAUGUUGGCAAUUUUGUGAGAAAAAUUUUGCAACCUGCUCUUCACUUAACUACCAAGGAAGAUGAUGAUAAGAUUCCAGAGGCAAUGGACCACGAAGUUUCCUGUUUCUCUGAUGUACCAUUAAAACAAGAGAUUUUAGAGGCCUGGGAGAAACCAGGGUCGCCUAAGCAAUACAGCCCUGAUCUUUCAUUUUUAGUUGUCAAGAACAAAAUAGGAGAAAAGUGUCUUUUUGUAGAUUUAGGUGUUUAUACAAGAAACAGAAACUUUAGACUGUAUCGAUCAUCAAAGAUAGGAAAAUGUGUGGCUUUGGAAGUUGCUGAAGAUAACAGAUUUAUGCCAAAACAGUCAAAAGAUAUUUCUGAAGAGAAUCAGUAUUUCCUGUCUUCCCUGGUGAGCAAUGUCAGAUUCUCAGACAAUUUACGAAUUCUCACAUGUGACACAUCUCAGACUAAAAGAAAGCGGGCUGAGUAUUUUAACAGCACAGGCACUUCAGUUGAAUCCCUUGAGGGUUUCCAGUGCUCACCAUACCCUGAAGUUGACCAAUUUGUUCUUUCUUUGGUGAAUAAAGAUGACAUUAAAGGAGGAAUUCGGCGUUGGAACUACUUUUUCCCAGAAGAAUUACUGGUUUAUGACAUUUGUAAAUAUCGCUGGUGUGAAAAUAUUGGAAGAGCCCACAAAAGUAAUAAUAUUAUGAUUCUGGUUGAUCUGAAAAGUGAAGUUUGGUAUCAAAAGUGCCAUGACCCAGUAUGUAAAGCACAAAACUUCAAAUCUAACUGUUUUCCAUUACCCACUGAAGUAAGUCUCCUGUUUCUUCUGAAAGAGGAGUUCACUCCUGAAGAAGCAGGUGAAACCAGCAACUCACUGACCAAGAAUUCUCAAAACCCACCAUCCAGUAACCUGUUACCAGGAGGCUUUUCUGAUGCUGACUGGGACGACAAAGAUGAUGCCUGCUUCUUAGAAGCUACAGAAGAUGCUGAAUUUGCUGAUGCUGCAGACAGGAGUCUUCUUAGUUACAAGAGUGCAAUGGACGAUAUUCCUGAUGAACUAAUUAUAGAAGCAUUACAGAGUAGCCAGCCGUGAACAGGACUUCCAUAAUGAGGCUGCAAUUUGCCUAAAGCCUAAGAUUUAUGACAUAAAUGUUAAAUUAGGGCUGGGGUUAUAGCUCAAGGGUAGAAUACUACUACCUACCAUGACAAGGUCCUGUAUUUAAUCCCCAACAGCAUAACAAACCAAAUCGUAUUAACUUAUUGAACUUAUUUAUAUAGUAACUGUCUUAUCACUUAGUUUUCUAAUAAUUUGCUUCUUACCUGAGCCAGUUUUAUUGAAGAUUAACUUUGACAUAGUUCAGUAGAUGCUCCUAAUUAACCAUCCUAUGCUUGCACUGAUAUUAUUUACAAAGUUUACUGCAGGUUAGAACUCUUAUGCCCAGUGAUGACUAACAUGUCAAGAGAUUGGACUUUAUUACCAAUAAUCAGAACUAUAACUAUGGCUUCUGAAUGGUUGGACAGUUGAACUGGUGUUAUCUAGUCUGAAUGACAAAAUGGUAAUAAAUUCUGCUGAGGAAGUUUGGUUGUCCAGAGUGCAGCUUCAGGAGAGAUGGCAGCAGGAGACUGACUCAGCUUAUGGUCUUCUCAUUCCUGCUCAAGGAGCUUCCCCAGCUGGUAGUUGAUGGUUUUUAGGUGGUUUUCGGCUCCCAGAAUCGUUCUUGCUUUAAACAAUAGAGCUGGAAGGCUAGAUGAGUCAUACUGUUGAUGGAAAAAACUAUUUAGACUCACAAAUAGUGAUACUUUCAUAAUUUUUUUUUGAUUGGCCUAUGACCAAGGCCAAUCGUGAUAGUUUUCAACUAGUUCUCUCCUUUUGUUUAACUAGGCUCAUUAGGAAACCAUGCGUUAGGCAUCCCAUCUUCUCAGAAGAUGUCGUAUAUAAUAACACUCACAGAACCGCUCAACAAAACUGGAGAAAGAGCUCUCUACCCCAGGCAAGACUAGGUGACUCAAAAGACCUGCAGCAUCUUCAUGACUAAUAAUGGCAUGUGGGGUCCACUUGAUCUCAACUGUUUAAAACAAAUGUCUAGAGCAAGUUUCCUUUUACUGCAGGAACUAAUGGAAUGAGUUAGUCUAUAGCAAAAUAAUCUCAAAGGUAUCAUUUAGGAAAGUUACUUAUUGGAUCAAUUAAGCCUUGAAGGUUGCCAAUCCAAAUGUAAGGACAAAGUUAAAAUUCUAAAUCCAACUCAUGACCUGGAAAUAAUUAACAAAGCCGAACUUCCUUUUGCAAACUAUCUGAGGGAAAUUAAAUUCCCCUUAAAAUAAAUUACCAUACGUUUGGCAGCUUGCUGACAAAUGUGUUUCCAAGGUAUUUUUCUCAGUGAUGAAAACUGAGCAGAAAAGCAGCCAGACAGUGGUGAGCCCCUCAUAACAAUGGGAUUUGUUUUCUGCCACAUGGAGACCAUGUUAAUGGGGAAUUCAGCUAAACAGAUGUAGGAUCACCUACGCACAAGACACCUCAAGCACCCGCUCUCUAAGGAGUGGGAAGAAUUCACUUGGAGCCGUGGGUUUCAUUUGGGAAGAGCUGUGACAUCCAGAUGUCACAGGAAAAGGAUAGGUGCCCAACAGUAACAGUACCACAGGCACUGAAGGUACACAGUCUCAUUUGUGAGAGCAGUAUAUCCCACAGUUACUGCAGCUUGGGUUUCAAGCCUGGAGGUAGAUCAGGGACAGCAUUUGCCUACCAUGUGCAAAGAGUGAUUAGUCAAGGACUGUGUAUAGAUUAGGUAAAUGUCACAAAGUUAGCAAUCAAAUCCCUAAAAUAAACUUUAUGUACAUUUUGAAAACUUAGAUCAAUGCCAGAUCUUAAAGUUGAAUUUAGAGGUGAAGAUUACAAACCUGAUCAUUAGGUGCACAGAGACACUGUGUGUAAUUAUGUAUCACUUUCUGUACACAAUUCUAUUAGCAUAGUCAUAUUUUUCGGGUUCUACUAGGUAUGCAAACUUACAAAAUUUUAGCAUACGUUUCUCUUAGUCUUAAUUGGGUGUCAUAGCAAAGUCCCAGGAGCUACUUCAAAGUGGAUUAACAUAAUAGCUACAAUUUCCCAACUGUGUUUUACUGUUUCUCAAGCCACGCCUACCAUUUCUGUGAAACAGCAACAAAAGCAUGAACAAUAAGGCGGCCGUCUUUACAACUCCACUGAGUCCUGAUGGGAACUAACAAAGCAGAGUCGUGCAUAGUACACACCAGCCCCCAGUGCAGUUCUCUGAGGGAACUCGGGAGCAGCACGAUGCUUCUCUUCAUUAAGUAGCUGAGAACUGAUGCUGUGAUCUCUAUGACUUACACUAACGCUGUCCUUAGCUUUCUCAAAGCUACUGGCACUCUACGAGCGAUUGCCAGCAUCUGCUGCACGGUAAAAGUGAGUGGGACUCACCUUCUCCUUUUCCUUUGGCUCUUUCUCUUGAACUUCUGAAUAGUCAUGGUACAGCUGUUUUAAAUUAGAUAAGAAAUUCGUGGAAUUCUUAAGUGACGACUUUCUCUCCUCAAGGUCAUCAUAUUUUGUUUGUAGUUGUUUCAGUUGUGGUUCUAAUCUACACACAAAAAAUUUAAAUCUUAAGAAAAUUGUGCAAAACACAAUUAAUAUGUAUUCUUCAUGAACUGAAAAUAUUAAAAUGCCCAUACUAUAAAGAACAGAAACCAAAACCAAAAAUAACAAAAGCAUUUUCUCCCACAUAAAUGACAUAUAAUAAAGUCCAGCAGUCUCUAGUGCCUGAGCAUCCUGGGUGACGAAGGCAAAGUCGAGGGUGGGCGAGGUGACCUGUGCUUGCCUCUCAGAUUAUGAAUGUAAAAGAUUCUGCGUUUCCGUUCAUCUCAACUGUGACAUACAAUUAGCAGUGACACCCAUGGUGAACAUGGCUCACAGAUGCUGAAAUCCACCUAGUCAUUCAAGCCCUGGGAAUUACUGGAUUGAACAUGAAUUUGGCUAACAGCAGGAGUAGCCAGCAUGACAGUUUAACUAGGAGGCCAUGCAGAAAGUUCCUCUUAUUAAAAUUUCCUCAAUCUUCCAAGGUCAAAUAAAAUCAGCAGAAAAACUGCCACAAGACCUGGAUAGAAAGAUACAAGACCUUGGGCCAACUGCUGCCUCUCUGGGGCUGGGUUUCUUUACCUCUAAAGAAAAGGAAUAACUUGUGACUUAUGGUGGGGGAGGAGGAAGGGCUGCCAGCUUGCAAAAAAACAGAACAACUUCUCAAGUGUAAGAAGAGUGUGUGUUUCUCGUGCUGUUUCUGUUUUCUCUCUUGUUUGUUUUCAUUUGUCUACUUUUUUUCCUAAAGAGAGAAAGAAGUAGGCAUUGGAUUUGUGGGGACUUGGGGAGACUGAUGGGGGGGGAAAACAUGAAAAAAUUAUUUUCACACUGAACAAUUACAACAUUCCUGCAGCAGUCUCUAGACUGACAUGGUGGGGGGGGGGGUCAGAGGUGCAUUCCCUGUCUUUCUUUCCUAAGGGUGGGACCUGCUGGGGUGAGGUGACUCCCCUGUGCGUUAGCCUUCUCCUGUGCGAAAUUAAAACCAUACUAUGCUUUUCCUUA